AUGGACUACGACAUGAUUUCCGAGGUCCCUAUGGAGGAUCAGCAAACCCGUUCCAGGAGGUCAAAAUUUGUCUUUUCCUUGCUCAGUCUGGCAACAUUUGUUGAGUAUUUCAAUGCUCAAUUUCUGUUUGCCUCAAUGAGAGGGUUAGAAAAGUCUCUGGGUUUGUCUCCAGAGAAGUUGUCGCAUUUUGCGAUGGCAGAAGAAUUUGCACUAGUAUCAUUCAUCCCAGUUUGGGGAGUGCUCUCUGAUAUCUAUGAGCUAAGGUAUCUGCUCACGAUUGCAGUGUUUGUGACCGGGUGCUUGUCAAUAAUCUUAAGUACUGUCUCUAGCUUCGGAUUCAUGUUGCUGAUACGCCUCUUCAAGGGUGCCACAGUCGGCAGUGUGACUCCUUCAGCACAAAAGUAUAUAGUAACAAGAAAGGAUAUAAGUAUAGGAUUGGCGUUUGGUAUCAUACAUUCCACGGCAUGCAUCGCUAGACUUGUAUGUUCUGUUGUUGUUACAAACUUUUCAUCGACUGUAUUUUUUGGAAUAUAUGGUUGGAGAAUAUGCUCGUUUAUUUUUGGGUCAUUCUGUAUCCUAGUUUCACCAUUUCUCAUGUUAAUGCCAAAUAUUAACAGGAGACCUAGGGGCCUUGAUGCUGAUCGGAAUGUUCCUCUAAUGUUACGUAUAAAGCACUUCCUGGGCUUUUUGUUUACAAAUGUCAAGGAAACAUUCAUGACAAAAACAUCUAGGAUAUUGCCAAUUUUGAUUUUUAUUGGGGAUGGCCCGUUUAUAGCAGCCUCGUUCGUUACACUCUAUUUUCAAUAUAUGGGUUUGUCUGAUUUGAAAGCAGGUCUUUCAACCGGUCUAUUAAUUAUCGGUAGUAUCUUUGGUGGUGUUUUAGGCGGUAUGUGCUCGGAUUAUUGCCAUGCAAAGUCACCAAGAUAUGGAAGAUUGUUAUUUGGAGCUGCAAACAUGGUAAUAAGAAUCGUGACAUUCGCUUUGAUUUUUGGAGUGAUCAAUAUUGAUAACAUACAACAACUUUAUCCUUUCCUUGCCGCAUUAUUGAUGAUUAACGGAGCUACAUACAUAACACUGAGCUGUGUGGACCGUGCUAUUUUGGCAGAUGUCGUCAUGCCUUCUUGCCAGAGUUUUGCGGUGGCAUUCAAUGUAGCUAUAUCUGGUAUUGGAAGCAGUGUGACUUUUACUCCUUUGCUGGGUAUGCUCACAGAGCGUGUAUAUGGCUAUCAGCCUAUACAAACCGAUUUGAGAGAUGCACCAAAGGAAUUGAUCAUAAACAACGGGAUUGCUCUAAGAAAUUCAAUUACGAUAAUGAGUAUGGGAACAACAGCCAUGCUCUUUGUUCUAUAUUUACUAUUAUGUAAGUCUUUUGGAAAAGAUGCAGAAAACAUUCGCGAAAGAGCGAUCUUGGAAAAGGUUUAG